AGAAGAGUACAACGACUCACUCCAUCUUGGUGUGUACGACACACGCACGGCGAAGCACACCGGAACAGCUUACGUUUCUGCGUCGAUAGGUAUCGUCGUGCCGUUGAUAGCUGUCGUUCAUCUUGCUGUGGCCUACUAAACAUGCCAAAGGUUGUCUCGCGUAGUGUUGUUUGUUCGGACACCAGAGACAGAGAAGAAUAUGACGACGGAGAAAAACCUCUUCACGUUUACUACUGCCUCUGUGGUCAGAUGGUUUUGGUCCUUGAUUGCCAAUUGGAAAAACUGCCAAUGCGGCCCCGUGACAAAGCACGAGUAAUAGAUGCAGUCAAACAUGCCCACAAAUUCUGCAACUUGGAAGAAGACGAAAACGUUUACAUAAAAAGAGCAGAGGGCAUCGAAAGACAGUUUCGCAAGAAAUGUGGCAAGUGCGGUUUACUACUUUUCUAUCAACAUCAAAUGAAGAAUACACCCGUCACUUUCAUUAUCGAUGGAGCGGUGGUUAAGUUUGGACAAGGAUUCGGGAACACAUGUGUUUACAGCCAAAAGCAGCAAGAGGCACCGAAAAAAGUCCGCGUGAUGAUGACGAAGCGGACCAAAGACAUGGGCAAGUUCAGCUCCGUCACUGUCUCCACCAUUGACGAAGAGGAAGAGGAAAUUGAGGCGAGAGAGAUUGCGGACUCGUACGCUCAGAAUGCCAAAGUGAUUGAAAAACAGUUGGAGAGGAAGGGAAUGAGCAAGAAGCGACUCCAGGAGCUAGCGGAGCUGGAGGCGAAGAAGGCAAAGAUGAAAGGCACCCUCAUUGACAAUCAGUUUAAGUAGAACACCCGGAACACAUCUUGCUUAGCGACUUUAAACCGCAUCAAAGUCUGGUGUUAGAUAUGGACCCACUAACGGUGACGCCGAGAUUUGUUUUGAAUCAAUUUUCUCGAGGUUGUGUUUGUGUGACCACAUUUAUCCCGUUUUGUUCAGGUGGGUGUUUGUUGGCUGGAGCAGGAGUCGUGCAUAUUUAUCACAGGGCAAGAUGUUUAAUUUUAAAAGUUUUUUUUUUUCGAAAACUAGACCGACAUAGAGGUAGUUGAAAAUAAAACUUGGGAAUCUUAUCUCAUGUGUAUAGUUUUUAAAAUAUUACCUUUUUUGUGCGUAUUUACUAGGUGAUAGUUGCACCACGGAGGGCAGGUAGUGUGAUUUUGUUUGGGGUGGGGGUGGUCAUGGGGUCAUUUUCGAUGCAUAUCAUGCAGUUCUAUACUGCCUUCAGCUUUCUUGAAUACAUUAAAUUUUAUGGGUACGUCACCUUCAUUGAUUAAAGGAAAUUGGCAAAACUGUGCACAUAAUUCCGAGUAGCUGCAAAAGAAUAAGUAGUGAAUAAAUCAUCAGUUAACUUUUAGUUAAGUAGUUCUCGGAUAACUCGAUCUUCUAUACUGUAAGCUAAUUAAGAACAUACUUUAAGCUCUAUCAAUGAACCAGUGAUUUGUUCCUUGGGAUCUGUGAAUCUGCAUAAUGACCAAUUAAUGAGUUGUUCCUGAUUAACUCUGACUCGGGUGCUAAAUGACAUGCUAACCCAUAAACCAUUACUUCCUUAUUUUCUCUAUAUUCGUUAUUAUUUUUGUGUCCCCUCGUGCAAAUACACCAUAUUUACUGAAGUACCGGCGUCCCCGCAUAUUUCAGCCUUAAGUUUUUAUUUGCUGAUAAUUUAACUUUAAAGGAAAAAAUGCUUAAAUGUUCCUUGAUCCGACCUCCCUCAAAAAAAUAAAAUGCCAGAAGCGCCUGUCUACUACUAAGAUGAGACAUGACAUACAGACAGAGCAGUCCGCUCAUAGGACGACCAAGAUGGCAAAACAUGUACAACAGUGGGGCUAAUUUGCUGUUUAUCUUGUCUUUUCUGAGUUUAGCAAGACGACAGUAUAACCAGCAGCAACUUUUUUGAGCCUUAAACAACGUUGGUAUUCCAUGUGCCCUAUCUCCACCUGCAGCCAAGUGAAGCUGUCCUAACGUUAAGCCCAUGCAACUAGUCUAGCUUGAUUUAGCUAGCAGAACAAGGCUGCUUCGACUGGAAAGUUUUGUUUGCUCAACAUGAAUUAAUUUCCAUGCAAAAUACAUUACUUCUCCCACUUUGCAGAAAGAACGAGAAUGAGGGAAAAGAAAAGGCUUGGUUAUGUACAGCUCUUUUGUCACUGAAGAUAAGUUAGGACAGGGCAAGAGGGAACAUAGGUGGGGUAGUAGACCAACACAGGCAAAACCGAUAAAGGGGACAAACACUGGUCCAGCUUACAUUUACAUUGUCUUUAAAAAGAAAAAGCAAUGCCUCCACCUUUUCUCCUGUUAAUCCAUUUAAAGCUGGUGAGACAUAAGCUUUGCAUACAGAAACGUGGAGUCAUUUUUAGAGCUGUUAUCAAACUGCAACACUGGGUCAUCUGGCUUUUUGUUUAGAAUGGGUCAAAGUUCAAAUUCAGGAGUAGAACAAGUCAGCCCAGCAUCCAGCUCCCCAUGGUAGCAUUCCGGAAAACUAAAUGGUCCAAGUAUGUAUCUUCUAUAAGACACUUUUAGAGGUAUAAGCACCAAAAUGCAUAUAUUUAUUGGCAAUUUUCCAUGAAGUAGUUUUAAAAAAAAUGUGCAUGCCUGUGAUGUGAUGCAUACGUCCUGUAAUUUAUGUAAAAAUGUUUAUACUGAUGAAUAAUACACUUGGAGUUUAGAACUGUA